AUGCGUUACCCUUUCAUCGUUUUUCAUUUAAGCAAAGACUCACUCUUGAAGCGGGAAGAUGGGUUUCAAAAUCUCUCACGAGGAGUGUUAGAGACUCUGUUACUCGAAUCUCGUCAGGCGGUGACUUUAAUAGAAACCGAGCUACAAUUACGGGUCCAGCAGCCUGUCCAGCAAAAGGACUUGGACCGUUACUAUGAACGUCUUCAGAAAGUGUCCAAGGAGAUCUCAAUUCGACAACGACUUGAAGACGGAGCAGCUCACUCCGCUCGUGACCUACAGAACGCGCUGGCUAGCGACCUUCAUAAUCCAUCAUUAGCCCGCAAGACCAAGGUUUACUAUGAGUUCUUGAACGAUGUGACUCGUCAAUGUGGUUGCGAAUCAGCUCUCCUUUGUAUUAUUGCUCUUGGGAAGCACAGGCUUGAACGUAUAAAGAAAGACGACAGGGUGUCUCUUUUGGAGUUCUUAGGUAAAUCCAAAGAAAGCUUGGUACCUAGUGAGCUCGUUACGUUCGUGACGGCCUUCGGAUUUCCGGAGUCUACUGUUAGGCUAUACGAUCUCAUCAAGUUCAAUCCUGUGGCUGCCCAUCCUACGGAUGAAGCUGGAGCAUCGCGAAAACGAACUUGGCACGGUGUGGAUGACUACUGUUCGUUCUCGUAUACGAGUCGUACUAUGAUCGAAAAUAUGCCCGAGCCAUUUCGAUCGGGAAUCGGAACGAGCAACCUCUGGAAAGAAGCGCUACGCAGUAAUGGUUUAAAUGUAACCAAUUGCAUGUCUCUGCAUAUACCAGAAAUGGGUGGCGAGGACGCCUACCUUAUUGUGAGACUUGGAUUUCAAUAUGGGUAUCUCAUGGCAAAUGUAUUUAAAUUCGGGAGCCUCUCUUGA